AUGGACACAACUGACACCAGACAAGUCUUCAAAGCAGCAGCCUUCCUAAUCCUUACAACUAUUAGCAUUCCAGCCAACAUCUUUGUGUGCUAUGCUUUCCUUCGGACCUUUGUCAAAGAAGGGAAACUUAUGACAGCUGAUAUCAUUUUAUGCCACUUAGCUUUUGCCAAUCUGAUGGUGGCACUGAUGCGCAGCAUCCCGCAGACGAUGGCAGCAUUUGGCUAUAAGAACAUGUUUGAUGAUGUUGGAUGUAAGCUGACUAUCUUCUCCUUCCGUAUCUUCCGAGGCCUCUCUAUAAGUCUCACCUGUCUGUUGAGCACCUACCAGGCAGUGCUGGUCUGUCCAGCCACAUCUAGACUUGCCCCUUUGAAGCCCAAAAUCCCACAGUACCUUAUACAUAUCAUUGUUGUCCUUUAUGUUAUAUAUUGUAUUUCCAAUUCCAAUGCUCCUCUGAGUGCUGUAGCCUCCUUCCCCAAUAACACUGUUCCGCCUUACACUUUCAACCUGCAAUUCUGUUUCAUUAAGUAUCCCGACUACAUAGGAUUCAUGUCUGGAGGUCUAGUAAAUUUUUUCAGUGACCUUCUAUUUAUAGUGCUAAUGGCAAUCAUGAGUGGCUACAUCCUUGUUCUACUCUACAAGCAUAGCAAGAGAGUGAAGAGUCUGAGGAGUUCAGAGAGCAGCCAGACUGGAGCGAGAGCAGAGGUUAAGGCGUCACGAGCUGUAGUCACCUUGGUCACACUAUACUGUCUGUUCUUUGGAGUCGAUAACAUCAUCUAUCUAUACUCUCUGACAGUUCUCAGAGUAUCACUUCUUUUAUCAGAUAUUCGAGUCUUCUUUGCUACUCUGUACACUACAGUAUGCCCAGUCGUAGUCAUUAUCACCAACCCAAAGGUCAAAGUUAGGAUGAAGGUUGGCAAACAGGAUAGAUUAGGCCAAAUGACAAACAUUACCACAGCUGAUGUCUAA